AAUCACUCCAUAUCCCCCCCGUGUUCCUUCCCCCGUGAAAUUCGAGACUUCCUGGCCUCUGCCAACGUAAAGUUUGCAGAAGAGAGUUUGAAAGGCAAGCCAAGAAGAGAAUCUGGAAGUCCAGUGCAACGUUCCAACCAUGGCUAACACUGUCGAGAAGAAACUUCUUGUAAAGGAUAUAAACGAUCCCACCCUGAGGGCUCUUGGGAUCUGCGCAAUUGUCGUCAAGAAAACUCUCCGGUGGAUUAGAAGACGCAUUCAACGAGCAGACCACAGGGCUGUCAAGGACCACAUCGACAAGAACGAUAUUGUCCGGUAUAUUCACCAAGUGGCAACCCGCACAGAGCGCAUUCGGCAGGAUGCCCAGUUGGGGGAUGGUACAAGCGACGUGGAGUGCCUGCGAAACGACCAGGCGAGACACUUGUUCAGAGUAUGCGGCCAUCAGAUGGACCAGCUGCUGGAGUAUCUGAGGCAAUGUGAAGCCUUGCUCGAAUCCCCCAGAUCUCAGAAAGGCGACCUCGCGGAGGACUACACGACAUGCAUAGAGCGGGCGGGGGAAGCUAUCCUGGAAGGAGCACGCGACUACUAUCAGGAGAGAGCCGCCGCGAUGAGGAAGAUACUGGGCAGGCCGUCGCCAUUUGCUCCAAGAUUCCGACCAGCAACUACUACCCCUGCAGCAACUCAAGCACUCUCCCAAGCACUCGCUCAGGCACUCGCUCAGGCACUCGCUCAGGCACUCGCUCAGGCAGUCUCUCAAUCAUUCCCUGGGGCGAACGAUCCAGCAGCAUAUCUAGCAGUCGCUACUGCAGCAAUCGCCACCCCAGCAGUCACUCAAGCAGUCGCUCAAGCUCUCAAUCCACCAGCCGAUCUAGCAGCAUCUCAAGCAGCCACUCAGGCAGUCACUCAGGCACUUGCUCAAGCAGUGGCUCAAGCACUCACUCAAUCAGUUGCCAUAGCAGUCAAUGCGGCAGCCAAUCAAGCUUAUCGAACAUCCGAUGCAGCAGUUCAAACUAACAUUCAAGGUGUUCAAAGAAACGCUGGAAGGUGGGAGAAUCAGAUCCAGGGUACCUCAGGGACCGCGACCACCGAAAGUCAGGAUGUUGCCUUACAAGACCCUGACGUGUCGAACGUUCCAGCCACCCGAGGAACGACCACGCCAGACCAGUCGAUGGCCUCCGGCGCACCAGGCUCUUCAACCUAUUUAAGUCCCGAUGGUCUCCUGGGAGCCGAUAUCCUCCUCGGCCUUUCACAAUUAGGACUUCGUCCCAAGACACCAUCUGGAACUGCACCGCAACCUACUGUGACCCCCAAGUCACCCGCGAAGCGGUCACUAUCAACCCCCCCUCCCGGCAGCCCUGCCAAGAAAAAGAUAUCCCUCUCCAUACUACCACGCGGCGACGCACCCGACAUCCUACCGCCCUCUAAAACCCCCGACCCUUCGGCCGCCCAGGGAACCGACACCGCAAUGGGGGGCGUGGCCGAUGACCAGAAAGCGGAAAGCGCAGAGACAGGGAAGCCAGGGGAGCUAGACAGACCCGCCCCCGUCCCCGACCUCAGCCGUCCGCCACCAGCGGAACCGCCCGCCAGCGGCGGGGCCGACGUCGAGAUGUCGGACCCGCCCUUGGGCGCGGGCGCAGGCGCAGGCGCAGGCGAGGGCGCAGGCGCAGGCGAGGGCGCAGGCGAGCAAGGGGACGCCGCCGGCACUGCCCAAGACGACGAGGAAGAAACCCCGUGGAUCGAGCGGUACAGCGCCCUGUUCCAAGCCCUCAUCGACAACCCGGACCCAGCAAAUGACGAGGAGGCCCUGAAGGUGCUAAGCAAGCUGGUCCAGGACCUCGUGCCCGGCGCGAAGAAGCUCCUGUCCGACAUACGGAAAAAGGAUCAGGCCACAUCCAACGCGGCCGCCUUCCGGGCCAAGGUCGCCAAGGCGCAGGCCAGCCUGCCGCAGGAGCUGGAGGCGCUGCAGGGCGAGAUCGACGAGCUCGAGGCCAAGUACGCCGAGGGGGUGGCGAUGGGGGCGACGAAGAAGGCCCUCGGCGUGGCCCAGAAGAAGCUGGAGCAGAAGCAGGACACGUUUGCGCGCAAGGACGUCGAGCGCGACGAGCUGCCGAAGUGGACCGCCGAGGCCGACGAGCUCGACAAGAGCGCCAGGGCGAUUGACCCCAGCCCGGAGUUCCUGGGGUAUACGAACGACGCAGAGGGCAUGACCUCCGCGCUGGCGGCUGUGAAGGAUCUGCUCGACACCAGGGACACGCUCGCCAUGCUUGAGAAGUUUGUGCCCAAGGCGAAGAUGGGGUUUACCGAAGGGGAGGAGACGGGGACGCAGCAAGGGGAAGAAAUUACUUGGGCUGUGAUCUAGAGUGCGAUUUGUUCUUCUGAGGGCGUGGUCAUCUGUCUGACCUCUGCUUGGUUGUAUUUCUAGCCUGUGGGCGCCCCGCCCCCUAUUGGCUCUUUCCUUUUCUUUUCAUUUUCAUUUUCCGUUUCUUUGUUGGCGUUUGUUUGGCUUUUGGGUAUCUCGUCCACUACUUUACUUGCUUUCAUUCCCAGCCGUGUGAGCAGCCAUGUGUAUCCCCAGGUAGACUUCGAAUUUUGGAUAAUGCAAUCUAUUCGACGCCCCUUGGCCAUCCUACCUAGCUGUUUCAACUAGCCCCCUGAGCGGGCUCCAGAGAGCCAGUUCUCCACAACAUCAACAACGCACGGAAAUGAAGGUCAGGAU